AUGAUAUCAGGAGCGCAUGUUGUGAUUGAUGGUAGAAUCAUAACCGAUGUUUAUGAUCCGAGUAAAGCACUGGAGGACGAAGACGGGGAAUAUGAAGGCAAAAGACAAAUUAUCAGCGCCCUGGUGCGCGAAAAGGGUCUGCGAAUCUUUUGGGGAAAUUACCAGUGUGACCCAUUCGAUCCUGAGACUAAUGAAUUGUACAAUAUUGCCUUGGAUAGAGUGAGUUCCAAAGAUGGAAUCAUUGAGUGUGUUCCUAAAGGGACAUUUAUUGCAUCUCAAAGGAUUGCUUUCAUUAUCUCUGAUGAGUAUGGCCGUUCUAAGACUGACAAUGACGCCCUCCUUGUUAGUGGCAAGAGUAAACUGUACCACUAUCAAACCCAUGCUGAUGUUUUGGAUGUUGAACCCAAAGUCGGUAGCACGCAAGGAGGUACGAUUUUGGCCAUCACUGGCCAGUUCUUUGACGAGUCUGACACCAUUGUACGCGUUGGAGGUGUCCCUUGUAGGAUUUUCAACAUUAGUUCUACAGCGAUACUUUGUGUGACUGGAGCAGCCCCCUCUACCAAGGCACUGUACCCUGGAGAGAGAGGCUUGCUGUAUGAGGUCUGGAAGGACACCUCAGUAUCGCUCUCCAAAGCAGUAUGGGACACGAAUGCCACCGAUUACAACCACACCGUUGUGCUUCAGGCAAGCUCCACGGAAGAGCACCUCUUCGGUGAAGAAGACUACUUCAUCUCUCGUCUCACCGGUUUCUUUGUUCCGCCUCGCACAGGAGAGUAUGAGUUCUUAAUGAAGGCUGACCAUGCUGGAGAACUCUGGUUUGGGGUAGACGGGACUUCUUCUCACCUGACAAAGAUUGCUUCCCUAAAGAGUUACAGUUAUUCUUGGCGCUGGAAGAACACCCAAGUCUCGGAGAGAUUCACUCUCAAUGGAAAUCAAAGCUACUACAUGGAAGCUCAUCACCAAGAUUUACGAGGGCGUGACUACAUCGAAGUGGGUGUAGUCUUCUAUGAUGUCCCGCUUACCCAUGCAAAUAAAACUGACGCAACCAAUGAGGUGCAAGAGAUUGUCACAACGUCCACCAUGCUGAUUGAGCAGCAGACUCUAACUAUCGAAGACCCUUCGAUCGAAACUCAGGAGAUCUAUGUUGAGUUGCCUCUCUGCCCAACAGCAACUAAUGUCAGCGAAGAAUGCAAUGGCGCUGGACACUACACAUUGCAGUUUAAUGCCAAUGUGACAGGUAGCAUCAAUCUGACGGCCUCUGCAGAGGAGUUGCAGUCUGCACUGAAUCUAGCAAGGGGCUCUGACGAUGUGACAGUCACCAAGACAGAUGAGGGACUCUCUGCUACGUACCUCGUUGUGUUUCACAUUCAAGAAGAGAAUCUUCCAUUGCUAUUGGUCAGUCUCAGUGACCCAACCCUUGUAGUGACCGUCACAAGAGUAAGCUCAUUUGUACCAUCGCUAAGCAAUUUUCGUCUUCUUUAUGAUAAUAUGAUGUCAUCUGAAUUGUCAGCAGACGCAACAGCCGGAGAGAUGCAAAGUGCUCUCUUGGACAUGUUCAGCGUCAAAUGUAAAACAGUCGGUAGUGUCAGCGGAGUCUAUGUUCAGGACUACGAAAGGGGCUCUCCUGGUAUCGCAGACGGUGAUGUCAUCAAUGACGAAGAACCGUACUGUGGUCGAAGGUCGGUCAGGAAUCCUUUUCAUAUCUACUAUGCCGGCAUAACGUCGAAGCCGGGAUCGUCACAGACUGUUGCACCUUAUGAUGUGAGGAACAAUGGAAUGCUUUGCUUUGGUCACCGUGGCCCAAUUAAGAACUUCUUUGAAUUGAGAAUCCUUUGGACUGAUAAGAGUUUCAAUGAUCGAGAUAACUGGCUGAAAGUCACCGAUAACAACUUAUUGGCUUCAGAAGUCUGGUCUUAUAGCUGUGUUGACCUGAAAGCCCUGGUGGAAAGCACCUGGAUGUCUUCCCACGCUCUGAGGGGCACACCGCUUCGGAUAGAACGACUCAGGAUCUUCAGGAACGAAGCACGUGAUUUAUUUAUCGACAAUCUCUACAUUGGAAGAACUGUUCCAAAUUAUAUACGUGAGCAACGUGCUGCAAUGCCUAAUGGUAUAUUCGUCACAGACGCAUCAGUCACCAAACGGGCCAAGAGUUUCAGUGUCUCUCUAACGCCAGCACAGUGCGGCUAUGGCUUCCCCCUCAUUGGUAUUACUGGAGCUGCAGACCAGGUGAACCCACAACGUAUUCCUAUCUCAGUCACCCGCAAAGUGAGUGCCACCCCACCAGUCGGCGGAAUGUUUGGCAUCGGCCUGUAUGGCAAGGUGUUUCAAGUUCCUGCUCGGGCCACUGCUGAUGAACUUAAGGAGCUUCUGCAAGCCAACCUGGACAUCGGUUCACUGGAAGUCUUCCGGGAAGGGACGUGUGCCGGUCUCUCUUGGGAAAUAGAGUGGACUUCUAAAGGUGGACGACAACCUUUAAUGGAGCUUGAUGGUAGCACACUGACCGGACAGGAAGUGAUUGUCUACAGUCAACGUAUAGAGGAGGGUCAGCUGUUCAUGGGUCCCAUCCCUGGGGAGUUCCUCCGAGUCCCACACAGUGAACCUCAGGUAGAGGUUAUCGUUAACUCAAUCCCAUCAAGCUGCUCAGGGGGUCAAUGCACUUUUGAGUACAGCGAUGAUGUCACGCAUAAAGCAUUCUCUUCAAGUCCGUCCAUAGGAUCUGCCUUCCUCAACACCGUCCUUACUCUCACUGGAUCCGGGUUCAGCGCCAACUCCAGCGAGAACAACGUCACCAUCAACGACGCAGUGUGUGAGGUCACGUCUUUUAGCGAGACGUCAAUCUCGUGUUCCGUUGGCGAGUCUGUUGCAGGCGUGUUUGAUGUCUUGGUAGAAGUCAACGGGAGAGGUUAUGCAGAAUACCCUAAUGGAACGUUAACUUUCCAAUACGAGAUGGGAGUAACUCAUAUAAGCCCUACCGUGGGAAGUGAAGCAGGUGGUACAGAAGUAAACAUCACAGGAUAUGGGUUUAGUGAGGAUAUUUCCAAUGUCAAUGUCACCGUUGGGAGUUUGCCAUGCCUCAUAAAGGAAUCAUCAUAUGACCUGAUUAAGUGCGUCAUUUCAUUAGAUACUCAGGUUUCAUCACGUCGCAGGAGACGUUCAAUCCACACUGUAGACCUGGUCAUCGUGGUGAAUGAUUACUCAAUCACAAAGGAGGACUUCUUCAGUUUUGACACCUCGCUGACCCCAGCAAUCACUGCAAUCAGUCAAGAUGUCUCCAGCGUUCGUGGUGGAGACCUCCUUGUUAUCUCUGGCCAUGGUUUUGGAGUCAGUGGUGCAGAGAUCAAAAUCGGGAGCGCAAAGUGUGAGGUUGAAGUUCAAACAGACACUGAGAUCAAGUGCACCAUACCGGCCAAUUUUCCAGGUGUCUACUACAUUGAGUUGACGGUUACCGACCAGGGCUUUGCUGCUGUCGGAAUCCAAUUCAAAUACGAGCUUGAAGUGACCGGAAUGUUCCCGGACCAAGGCUCAUUCCAAGGGGGCACGAUGGUCACCCUGACUGGGGCCGGCUUUGGCUCCAAUGCCAGCGAUGUCACCGUCAGCAUGGAUGACUACGCAUGCGUUAUCACCUCAGUGGCAGACGACGAGAUCAAAUGUGUAAUGACUACCUCAGGGCGGGUUCAUCAUGUGAAUAAUUUUGGCAAGCAUGAGAUUUAUGGUAUUGGUUAUCGGUGGACCCCAAACUUCUUGAGCGUGACGGCGGGUGACGUGGUGGUCUGGCAGUGGAUUGUGGAUCAGUAUGUGACUGGUAUCGGAUACGCCGUCAUGCAGACAGCCAACAGCAAUGCUGUGAACUACGACGGCCAGGGAUUCAUCAGUGGAAAACGGAGCAAAAAAGGUGUAUUUGCAUUUAAGUUCUCUGCCCUGGGUACCUACUACUACUCUAGUGGACCUGUCGAUGAUAAUAGUCGGAUCUAUAUGAAGGGAUCCAUCGAGGUCAAAGAGUCGAAGUCAACCAACCACAAACUCGUUGUUACUGUCGCUGGAUUCGAAGCUCUGCAUGUCAUCAUGUCAGGUGCUUCAGAGCCAGAAGCAUCGGGAAGUUGUCCUGGCACGGCUUCAGUUCACCCAACAUGCACCUCUCCAAAGCCUGCCCGAAAGGAUGAAUCCAGUUUCUACUACACCUUCUGGACUUGCAGCACCCCAUUUAUCACAGAUAUCAGCCCCAAUAUGGGUACACCAAACCAAGUUAUCAGUAUCACAGGAUCAGGAUUCAGUGAUGUACCAUGUGAGAAUCAGAUUAGCAUUGGAGAGUACUCCUGCGUCACUCAGACGAGCAGCAACGUCUCCCUGACGUGUCUCAUUGACACGGAAGACACCAUGUUGGUCAGAGUUCCUCAGGUUGUCUCCGUGGUCGUCAAGAACUUAGGGCUUGCCUUGAAUGAGAUCUCGGUGCCAUCCAAGCUUGUGUUUACCCUCAAACCACAGAUUGACGCCCUGUCUACUCAUGAGGGAUCACUGAGCGGUGGGACUGAAAUCACCAUCACUGGGGAUGGUUUUGCAGCCAGCUCACCGGAGGAAGUAUCUGUGUGGAUCGGGAACAGCGGAUGCCUCGUCCAGUUGGUAUCUUAUAAAGAGUUGGUAUGUAGUACGACGGCUUCCAAUCCAGCAUACGCAGAGCUUACCCUGCAGAUUAACUCAGUAUCGGCAGACUGCAAGGGCAACUGUAGCUUCAGCUUCUCGGAUGGCUUGACCCCGCAGGUCAAUGACGUCUCUCCGGACACGGUCUCCGGACCCAGCACCUCACUCGUCAUUCUCGGGUCAGGAUUCGUUAAUGACACGAUGAUGAUCAGUGUUACUGUUGGCGUUAUCAAAUGUGAAGUCACUUCCGCCUCGGAGGAUGUGAUCGAAUGCGAUGUCAGUUAUGUUCCGGUCGGCGAGCAGAUCGUAAUCGUCAAUAUUCGCGGUAGUGGUAAUGCUUUCUUUACUACCAACAAUACUCUCUUCAGCUCAAAGGACAUUGACAGUGUGACCCCAAGUACUGGCAGCACAGAAGGAGGCCAGGUCAUCAGUACCCUUGGUAAUGGCUUCGUUGAUGGGGACACGACUGUCACGAUUGGUGGAGCUGCAUGCAUCAUCCAGAGAGUGACAUUCUUUGAGAUUGUUUGCGUGACGCCAGCCCAUUCUGCUGGAACGGUCGAUCUUGUCGUGUCCUCCAACGGGGAAGAGUACCCAACUGAAAGUUAUAAUUAUUCUUCUGUGGUUACACCCACAAUCACUAUAGUCACACCAGCUAAUGGUACAACUGACCAAAGCAUAACCAUCAGUGGCUCUAGCUUCAGCACCAACGUAGCCGACGUCUCCGUCUCGAUCGACAACGUGGCUUGUACAGUCACCAGCACAGCCAUAGACUCGAUUGUAUGUGAUGUAGGUGCCCACUCGGCCGGAACCUAUGCAGUGGUGGUUUACAUCGUAGACAAAGGGCUAUCUGGUAAUGGCACCGAGUUUGAGUAUGAGUUGAGAGUUGACUCGGUUUCGCCAAUCGAAGGGAGUUUUGGUGGUGGGAGAGUUCUGAGAAUAGAUGGCGCUGGCUAUGACGAGACAGCAGUGGUCCUGGUCUGCAAUAACACCUGUCCAAUCAGUGAUUUCUCGUCCGCAUUCAUCGAGUGCGAGGUACCAUCCAACUCGGGUAGCGGUGAUGUUUUCUGUGACGUGGUUACCACUCUAUCCAGUGGUGCAAUGGUCACCCAGUCAGAUGCCUUCAUCUACAAGACAAGCCUUACACCCGUCAUUGACUCCGUUGAGCCACGUCGUGGUGGUACAGCUGGAGGGACGACGCUUCGUAUCACUGGAUACGGUUUUCAGUCAUCUGGGAACAAUGUAUCCAUCGGUGGAUCAGAAUGCACCAUUCAGUCUGAAUCAACAACAGAGAUUAUCUGUCAGACAGGAAUCCGUAGCCCACCGGAGAGGCUCAAAGUCAGAGUUGAAGGCGGCAAUAAUGGAAUCGCUACACAGGACAAUGCAGACUUCUACUACAUCGAUGUGUGGUCCUCCAGAUACACCUGGGGUAACCAAGACCCACCAACAGAGGGCCAAUUUGUCAUAGUCCCAGCGGGACAGCUGUUACUUCUUGACGUCUCCACCCCAACCCUGAAGAUGCUUCUUAUCCAAGGGGGUACACUGAUGUUUGACGAGGCAGACAUUGAACUGCAUGCUGAGAACAUCCUCAUCGUUGAUGGAGGUACCCUCCAAGUCGGUACGGAGGAGGAACCCUUCCAGCAUGAGGCUACCAUUAUGAUGCAUGGCCAUGUACGCUCUCAGGAACUGCCGCUGUUUGGAGCCAAGACACUGGCUGUCAGGAACGGCACUCUUGACCUUCAUGGAAUGCAUGUCCCAGUGACCUGGACACGUUUGGCCCAGACGGCCGAGGCUGGUGCCACCCAACUGGCUCUUCAACUAGCUGUAACCUGGAAGGCUGGCGAUCAAAUCGUAAUCGCAACCACUGGACAUCGACACAGCCAGAGGCAAAAUGAAGACGUGUUCAUCACAGCUGUUUCUGCGAACGGUACUGUACUGACAUUCGAACCAGCACUUGAGUACGAGCAUCUUGGCAUCUCUCAGACAAUAGAGGGCGUUGUUGUGGAAAUGCGCGCAGAAGUCGGGCUGCUGACGCACAACGUCAAGUUCCGAGGGUCAGUGCAGGAAGAGUGGACGGAGACGAUCACAGCAUGUCGGGCAGAAUUUGACAGCAACCCAUAUGCCACUCAGACCUGCUUCCUUGGUCGUUUUGGAGAAGAAACCGGAAGCGAUCAGUUUGGUGCACAGAUAAUGUUGUUUGCAAAGUACCAAGACAAACAGCUUGUCAAAGGUCGUAUCAGUUACAUAGAGGUCACUCACGCAGGUCAAGCCUUCCGGCUGGGUCGCUACCCGAUUCAUUUCCAUCUUAACGGGGAUGUGGCGGGCUCUUACGUACGUGGCUGCAGUAUCCAUCACACUUUCAACCGUGCCGUCACUAUUCAUGCUGUUCACAACCUCCUCGUAGAACACAACGUUGCCUACAGCGUCAUGGGACACGCCUUUUUCUUGGAAGAUGGUAUCGAGACCGGGAACAUCAUCCAGUAUAAUCUUGGGGUGUUCGUUCGUCCGAGCAGUAGUCUGUUGAAUGUGGACAUCACUCCGGCUACUUUUUGGGUUACCAAUCCCAAUAACACUCUCCGUCAUAAUGCGGCGGCCGGCGGAUCCCAUUUCGGUUAUUGGUACAACAUGCCCGAAAACCCUGGCGGGCCUUCGUAUACGAGGUCAAUCUGUCCCCGUAUGGUUCCCCUCGGGGAAUUCCGAAAUAACUCUGCUCAUGCCUUUGGCCAGUAUGGCCUGUGGAUUUUCCCAGUUUACACCCCAAAGACCGGCGGAAGAUGUGACUCCUGGAGGAAUGAACCGGCUAAGUUUCACUCCCUCUACGCUUGGCAGGUAGAGCGCGGGGCCGAGGCUGUUUCCGUCGGUUUCGUUCAGUUCCACAGCUUCGUGAUCUUGAACGCUGAAAAGGCGGGGGUUGAAUACCACAGCUUGGAGCCCUCAUUGCUCAAAAAUGGCGCCUUAGUUAGAGAUCUAACUGUCAUUGCUUAUAGUGACAUAUCAAAAGAGUGCACAGUGACUGGCAUCCAGGCUCCCAUGACGAACGGUUUCACAGUGGAUGGAGCCAAGCUGAUCAACUUCGACCAGGAUCGCUGCGCCAGCAUCCGAGCAUGCGCCCUUUGCAAGCAGAACCAAGGAGGUUUCUCACUUCGCACACAGCGUCUGGAGUUUCUCAACUCUCCGAACAAGGUGGCCUUCAAGUGGCCGCACGAGUGCUGGAUUGAGGACAUUGAUGGCACGCUGUCAGGGAACGCAAACUACAUCGUUCUCCCCAACAACCCCAACCUCCACCCUGACCAUUGUGCGGUGGACGCUGGCUUUAGUGUCGGCUCAAUAAACGGCACUAGUUGUGACACCACCAUCCGUCUCCACCGCAUGGCUUUCAAUGACCCCUACCCGACCUCACUUAAGUUCAAGUACACCCUCUUCACCAAUGCUUACGGGACCAGCCGGAUACCGUUCCGCAAGAAGCGUAUCUCUCAUCCAGAAGGUUGGAUGAUUACUCUCAUCAACGGAGACAACUAUAACCUUGUCUUCGAGGAUGCAGAGCAUGUCACCAACAUUUCCUACCAGGCCCGCUUCGAUGAAUACAGGGAUGGGGACUUCUCGCUGAUAAACCAUGUCUUCACCCAGCGACCGGAUAAAUUUGCAACGAUCAGGGUGAUCAAGGAUAGCACUGAAGAGGUGCCAACGUACACCAAUGAUGAGAAUGGCGAUUGGCACUUUAACAAUGUCACCAGAACAUUUACCUACAUCGUUUCCGGCAAAGAGAACUUCAGUCCGUUCGAUCGCAAGGUCAACUUGGAAGUCUACCAGUGCUUUUUCAAGAAUUGUGUGCGACCUAUUCCCAGGCCGCCACCGGUAGGACGACCCGGGGAGUCCGUCCUGUGGUCUCGAGCGGCCUCCUGGGAAGGCGUGGAAGAUGGAUUCGGUGGAAGGGAUGGAAACCUUCCUAAAGAUGGUGACAAUGUCCAGAUCCUAGGAGAUAAAUGGAUGGUGGCUGACGUAAUGCUUCCCGUUAUGCACAAGCUGUUCAUCUACGGCAACCUAGAGAUUGAAGACAGUAUGGACAACACGAUUGAAGCCACCUACAUCUUGAUCCAUGGUGGACGUCUCAUUAUCGGAUUCAGCGAGUCUGAUCCCUUCGAACACGAAAUCAAGAUCUUAUUGAAUGGGAAUCAUUACACACCGGACCAGCUACUGCCGAGCGGGCCUAACCUUGGCUCUAAAGCUCUUGGUGUCUUUGGUGGUCUGGACCUUCAUGGCAAGAACCACUCUGUCUACUGGACCCAGUUAUCAGCAACUGUCUACCCAGGACAGAACAAUCUGACCGUGGUAGCUAAGACUGACUGGGUCGUUGGUGAUGAGAUCGUUGUGGCUACUUCGUCUUUCGUAUCCUGGCAGACGGAGACGUUUACCAUUGUAGCUGUCAUAAAUUCUUCAACCUUCAAGAUUAAUGGAACAUUUGAAUUCAAACACUCUGCCGAGUUCAAGGAUGAUUACAUCUUGGCAGCAGAGGUCGGCCUCUUGACCCGUAACAUCAAGAUAGAAGGAAAUGACUACGACCUUCUCUUUGACGAGUCCUACGGGGCUCGUGUUCUGGUCGGACGAUUCUUCCAGUCUGGAACUCAAUACAAAGGAUAUGCCCGCAUCUCCAACGUUCAGUUCUUCCACACCGGGCAGGAGGGUUUUCGUGAAUUCUACGAUCCACGCUACUCACUGGCUUUCUUGGAUAUAGGGGAGAAGGAUAAGCUUCACCCAUCCUUCGUCAAAGGUUGCAGCUUCCACAACGGCUUUAGUCCGGCCAUCGGAGUAUACGGCACUGAGGGAGUCCUUCUACAAGAUAACGUGUUGCAUCACACCGUCGGACCAGGUAUAAUCGUGGAGGAAAUCAACAACAGAAUCAUCCAUAACUUGGUGACCCUGGUCAUUUUCCCGGGAACCUACCAAGACCGCUAUGAAAAAGAGAACCUGAUGUGGACUGCCGGCAUCGAUGUGUUGUCAGCGGACCAGGUGGUCCUCAUCAACAACACUGUGGCCGGCUCUGAGAGGGUGGCCUACAAGAUCAAAGGAGAGAGGUGUUCUUAUCGACCCAACUCGCUGACGGAUUGGUACGGUAACGUCGGGCAUUCUACUCUCCACGGUAUUCACAUGUUUAGAAUCAGCGAACCAAGAUGUUCAAAGGUCUCCAAGUUCUUGAUCUACAAGUGUUGGGACUAUGGCAUCUACGCCCAGGUGUAUUCAAGUAUUCUUAUAACAGGCAUGACGCUCGUCGACAACAACAUUGCCAUCUUUCCAUUGGUGUUCUCUCCACUUGCCGUGUCCCACAGGACAUCUGACAAGUUCGUCAUCAUCGAGAAGUCACUCAUCGUUGGUGUCAGUGAGUCAUUCGAUUGCAUAGCAGAUAAAAUGGUGCCACCAGAGAACUUUGGCCACAGCAGCAUACAGAGGGCGCCCUACUCCCCUGGUGGAGGGUACACUGGCAUUGUGUGGCCCAGCUUUAUGUCCUUACAAAACUUGGCGCCAUUCUUUGGGUUUCAUCCAGUCACGAGUUACCCGACCCUCAAUGGUGUAAGCAUGCUCGAAGAUGUAGUGUUUCGAAGAUUUGGUACGUAUUGUGGACGGCCAGAUGUUGCGAUCAUGACCAAUAGAUUGAGUGAAGACGCAAUGCACCCUAUGCUUACGAGGGGCUUGACAUUUGAAGAUGUGGAGGAGAGGCGUAAAUUAUACAUUCACACACCGAACCUACGCGCUGUGAACCCAUCCGACUGUGUGGACAUGGACUGUGACGGUCUGAAGAAAGUUUUACUCCGGGAUUCUGAUGGUUCCCUACUUGGCUCAGCGGGAACAAUCAUCCCCGACUCGGCGUACAAGUGGAACGGCGAUCCCAGGCGGGGUCUCGGUGAUUACCGUAUCCCAAAGGUCAUGCUGACCAGACCGGAUGGGUCGCGAAUUCCAGUGGACGAUAUUGCACCAAAUAAGGGUAUUUACCGAGGAAAAAACAACGAGUGUGAAUGGAUUGGUUACUGGCAGGCCUAUAAAUGCCACGGUAUCGACCAUAUGAUGUUGAUUAUAGAGAGUAUGGAUGCAGACACUGAAAUCAGACGUCUUUCACCAUUGGCCAUGUACACCGACGGCUAUGUGGACCUAAUCAACGGUCCACAGGAUGCGGGAUGGUGUAAUGGGUACACAUGCCAGGAGCGUAUCAGUACGUUCUAUACCUUGAUAGCCACUGGGAAGGAGUAUGAGGUGUACUUCACCAGCACCAAUCCCCAGACUCUUCGUUUCCAUCUGAUAAACUCUCUUGAUAGCCAAGCAGUUGUGAUUGGAAUCUGGUACGCCAAUCCCCAACGAUUGGAUGUUUAUUAUCGGAAUCGGUACGUUAACCCCAACAAUGCCGACUUCAGCACCGGCGACUUCACCUGGAAGGCCAAGGAUCCUAACCUACCCGCCGACCAAUACAAUCCCUCCGUCACUUCUAGUGUUUAUGGCGAGAACUACUUUGAUCGUACAACCCAGACCCUGUGGAUGCUUAUAAAGGGUCCAGUGCCCAUUGAGAUCCGCACCACUGCCGUCAUCAUGGUCACCUUCGGUGUCCCCGCCGUGACCGUCGACGACUUCUUCGAGGUGAAUCUUAUACGGAAUCUCGCCGGACUGCUCAACGUGGAUAAGUCGCAGAUCCGCAUCGUGGAUGUGGUCAGCGAGGCGAGUGGACGUCGACGACGCCGUGCUGUUGGCGGCGAAACAGAGGUGGUGAUUGAGAUCGGGCCUCCGCCAGUGCCAAUAAUUGAGUCACCUGGCUCAGAGACAACUCAGAAUGACACGAGCGUUAAUGCAACUACACCGGCCCCACAAAAUGUCCCAACAUCAGCACCAGGUACCGCCCUAAACUUUGACCAAUUGGUUGAGGUCCAGUCUUUAUUGGUUGACGACUUACAGUCAGGAAGCCUCGGAGGUUUACUGAACAUCACGAUUACCUCCAUGUCUAUGACCGACCCAGUUGCAGAACCCGUCGAUCCCACAGGAGGUGUGCAUGCCACCAAUGAAACAGGCGGGUCCAGUGAUGUACCCAACGGGACCAAAACGGUUUCUGAGAUACAGCAUAAGAUCGAAGAGAAACAGUAUGCUGAGUUUGUAGUUGAGGUUGUCUACCGCACUGCAGAAUCCCUAGUCAUCUACACACAACCUGAUGAGGCCAGAGAGAGAGCUCCCUUCAUUCAACAGCCCUUAAUUUAUGCCGUGGAUGCACUGGGAAUUAUGAUCCCCCAACUUGGAAUUGCCUCAAAUCCCUGGCAAGUUACGGCAUCGAUGAAUCCAUCAAGUACAAGCGGCCAGCUCUCAGGAAACCUGACCGUGUCAUUCAUCAGUGGCUGGGCCAACUUCACAGAUCUGACUAUGAACUUGACUGUAUCAGGAGUCAUUUUAGACUUUGCGGUCACCAAGCCCAACACAUCCAGUCUUGCGGUCAGUUCCAAUGCCUUCGACGUGGCCGUGCGGCCGUAUUACCUGUCGGCGUUGAGGGCACCGGACAUGGUGAAUGAAAACACAACCUUUGAGGUGAUCAUUGAGCUGAGAGAUGAGAUUACGCUGAUGAUUCCUUAUAGAGACCUCAUGACCAAGGGACUUGAGUGGCAUGCCACAAUGGCCCUCUUCAUGCCUACCAACUACAUAGGUCAGCUAGGAGGUCAACUAGAAACAACCUUUGACCUCAGCACUGGCCAGGCUAAUUUCACCAACCUGACUAUCGACGCGACCGGCUUCAGCUAUGUCCUAAAGGUCGCCGUGGUGACAGUGCCUUCAAGUGUCUACGAGCUGACCCUAUUGGUCGACUCCUUCGAUGUGGUGUCCAAUCAGCAGCUUUACUACACUGGGCCAGUGCGUCGGCUCAAACUGCUGUUACCGGGAGAUUACGAUCUGGUGGCGGCCGGGUUCGAGGCUCAGCUUGAGAUUUACGUUCUGAAUUACUUUGGAGCCAGAUAUAGCGGUGUUAAGAUCAGCAAUGUAUCAGUCGAGAGAGGAUCCAUUCUUGUCUCGUUUGACAUCCAAGGAGACUUGAAUGCCACCCAGGAGGAAAUUUGGAGCGACAUUCAGUCUGGUGACAUUACUCUGACGUUCAAUGGCUACACUCUAACCCCAGUCCAAUACCUACAGGUGGGCGCGGUAACAUACGGCGAAGAGGCUACAACGACGGAAAUGCUUGAAAUAACAGCAACAACAGUGACGACAGAACCAUCUGAAACGACAGCGGCUACCACAACAGAAAUACAGGCAAAAAAAGCGCCACCUUUUCCCGAUUGUGUCAUUAUCAUUAUUGUCUCUCUUGGCCCUGUUAUCUUACUAACCAUCGUGUUGACCGCAUGGAAAUUCUGCAAGUGUAGAGGUAUGAAGGGGAACAGGGUGGAGGCUGUACCCUUGACUGAACCCAACUUUAAGGAUGAAGGUCAGGAGAGAUCACUAUACCAAGACCCGAACCUCAAUGGUCGCUCGACUCCAAACACGGCAAGGCGUACCCCUGAGGUUGAAGUCACCGCUCUGCCUCCAGGAUUCACUGAAACCUCUGGACAGCAAGAACGACUUCUUGAAGAGCGUGUCCAAAUGAUCAUCAUGGCCAAGAACUCGUACAGCAAAUUCCAGAAGCUCGGCUCAGUCGAGGCCAACAAAGUUGGCACAAUGCAUGACCUCCGAGAUGACGUGACGCGGGCCCUCCCCGCUAAACUCCAGGACAAGAAAUUCAUCUUGAUGCACGAGACCCUAAAGGACAUUGACGGGGCUAAGGAGAAAAACUUAGUCCUCUCUGAAGUCUACCAAGCUGAUAGUGUCUUGAUCCGCUGGGUCAAGGACCAAGACACUUCAAAGCUGUGCACCUGCGGACUGGUAGGUCAGUUCGAGUGCUCGUUGUGCCUUCAGCAAACUUACUGCAGCCCUAAGUGCCAAUCUGCUGAUUGGGCCCACCACAGCAUGAACUGCCGAAACUCUUUACAUGUAGUUGCCUCGGUUGAUGGCCACAGAUAAGAUGUCUCUAUUUACCAAUGGUCCAUAUUGGGUGUGGUUGUUUGGCUUCCCGGGUGUACCGGGGAACACUCGUGGUAGUCACCAGAGCCCCGCUGGUACCUGGGUCUGUGGUGGCUGACACCGGGCGAAGACACGAGUAUCACGUGAUGGCUAAUUGAACAACUCGUGUAAACUUAUCGAAUGCACCCAAUAUAUAUUAUGAACUAGUCCAUAAUCUUAUGAACUAGUCCAUAAAAACCAUAAUUAUUUAAUAACUCUGAAUCAAGACUUGUACAUUAAUCUUUUUAGUUUUUAAGUAAGUUUACAUAAUGAUGUGAGAGAGAAAAAAGGUGGAAAAUUGUUGAUGUUUGAAAACAAAGAAGUUUUAGAGCACUGUUGUUUUCUUUCAUUUUAAAAAUGAGGCAUGGGAAUAAAUGAACAGUUUUAUUUGAACAAAUUUUACAAUGGUUAAAUUCCGAGUUAAUAAGUCUUUCAAUUCAGUUGUAACAAUUUUUAUUCCAGUUUUUGUACUUUUUCCUUUCUUUAAAGUAAAAAAAUUUACAGACCUUCCACUUAUUUGUUCUGUUUUUGAGAUUUUAAGUUAACAUUCCAAAAGGACAAAGUUUUGAUAAUAAGGCAAAGAAAGCAAACUGAAGUUGUUUUGAUGAUUGGUUAAAGGCACUAGACACCUUUGGUAAUUGACAAAGACCAGUAUUCGUACUUGGUGAAUCCCAACAUAUGCAUCCAAAUAGUUAGCAAAUCUGUGAUAAUUUGGGCUCUUCAAACAUGCAAGAAAAUGACGAAAGAGCACACCCUUGUUGCAAAAAAAAACCUCUUUCUAAAAAAACUCUGUUGCUUCAGAGAGAGUCAUUUCCCACAAUCUUUUCUUACUGUUACCAAGUAAAGUAAGUGUCCUUUAAAGCAGUGACAUCACUAUUUUUAAGACAUUUUUUUAGAGAUGCAAAUGUAAAGACUUAAUUUUGUGUGCAUUGCUUUAAAUAAAAUGUUGAACUCAUUGAUAUU